CGUGUAACCCCUCUUUCAAGAGUCUCAUAUAAACGUUCGAUCAUUGUUCUCGCUACUGGCUGAGAACGAUCAGGAGGAGAAGAAAGGAACGUUUCACGCCCUGACGCUAGCAUUCAAGCGAGAGUGGGGCAUCUCAACACCACUGCCAGGCUUGCACCAGCCUUUACCCUCGUGCCCAAUGCUUCACUCCCUCACAACAAGCUACAAACUUGCUCUAGGUUCUUCUCUGCUCAUUUUUCUCCCUAUCCUCAUUUCUCGUGCGCUCGUCUCUCCAAGCUCCGAGAUGUCUCCGCCGCCCUCCCCUUCUUCCGUAGCUUCUUCUCUCCUCGUCUCAAGAGGACUGCACCUCCAAUCGCUCAAAGUCAUUCAAUCUCUAUGGGCUGGAUACGGAGAAAUCUGCCAUAUGACCGCCUCGCCAAAUUCAUCCCCAAACUCCUCCGCCAAAACCUCGCGAUCGGCAUCCACCACGAAUUCCAACGGUUCCACACCUCAGGAAAUCCAAUCCUUCAUCCUAAAACUAAUCACCCCUCCACCGACCAAAUCCAAUGACGAGGGCCACCUGCGGAAGAUUCUCAGCUACCAAGUCGAGCAGUACUUCUAUUCCGAGCUAGCCCCGCUUCUCCCUCCCUCUGUCCCCGUAGCUAGCUGCGUUGCAAGCAUAAACCAGCACCAUGCCGACGGCACCUCUACGACAGCCAUGCUUCUCAGCGAUCUCCGCCAACGGUAUCCAGUCGCAGGCGACAAGCGAGCGCAGCUAGCAGCCACCCAAGUCCACGCCGCGCUUGACUGGCUAUCCGGCUUCCACGGCUUCUGGUGGCCGCGGGCGAAAGCCAUGGAUCGGCGAUCAUUCGUCCGUCCACCGCUCGAAGAGAUCAAGUUAACCGCGGAAGAUGGGAGGGAGAAGAGCGUGUGGCUGAACGGAGGCUACACCUACCUUGCGACGCGGCGGAAGGAGUACGACGACCUCGCCUCCGACUACGAGUCGGAAUGGACCGGGGCAUUGACAAAGCCGCUCGAGGACGCCAUAUCGCUGUCCGAAGUUGUCGCUGAUCUCCUAGGCCCGAGGGAGCAGGGCUGGGGCCGGACAGAAGCGUAUCAGACGUUGAUACAUGGAGAUGUGAAGAGCGAGAAUCUGUUUACCAGCACCUCUGGCGAAGAAGUCGCGUUCUACGAUUUCCAGUAUGUUGGUCUCGGGCUUGGCGUCUGCGAUUUGGCGAAGCUGUUCACUUGCUCUGUUCCGCUGCACCUCCUGGUGUCAUAUCUGGACGCACCGCUGGGACGGGAACUGGCUAUGCAGCCCGGAGAGAAGGCACUACUGGAACGAUAUCUGGCUCGGUUGAAAGCCGUGAGCCAGAAAGAGUAUGAUUGGAGCGUUUUUGUAAGGCAUUGGGAGACCGCGCUUGUGGAUUGGUUGCGCUUCCAGGCGAGCUGGGGGUUCUGGGGGAAUACGGAGUGGUUGGAAGCGAGGGUGCGAUGGAUUUUGACGGACGGGAGAUGGGGAGAGGAGGUUGUUGGGGAUUGGAAACAUGGUCAACGUACCGAGGCAGUCUAGAGCCGCUUUUGACGGCACUAUCGCUAUGCGAGCCUCACCGCUUUCGCCAGAAUUAGCUGUGUUCAUUCCAAGGAUACCGUGUAGAGCCUUCUUAUUGGUGCUACCUAUGUUGUCGGCGUGCCAUGUAGCCAAUGACGCCCAUGGUUCACAUAACACUUAGGAGAUAAACAGGCAGGUCGUACUACGAGAACAAGGGAACAAUAUACUAAGUUUAGUAUAGGAUCCUUAAGUUAGGGGGAAUUUACAGUCCUUCUAUAUGUUACUAUGA